AGGCAUGAACUAUAAUAAUUAAUAUGAAGAACGAAAAAAGCGAAAGUUGAAGAGGCAACAACUUGGAAUUCUAUGCUGUUUCGAAUAAUGUGCAAAUAAGUUGGGUGAACAGCCGGCAAUAAGUAAAGCAACAGCAGCAACAAGGCGUAACAUAACUGGGAGAACAACAAGCAUAUGAUCGACAGCAGUAGUGGCAACAACAGCAGCAACAACAACAACACAACAUUCCAGCACUCCUACAUUCAUCGGGUGAGUGCGAACGGAGAAAUGUGAAUUAAAAACAAAGCAAAGAGUUCUUUGAGUUUUUUGCAUGACAUAACAAAAACAACUACACACCUCCGCAUACAACAGCAGCGCCAGCAGCAAUAAUUAAAUCUUAAAAAAUGAAAUGCUUUCACUCAAUCCCCUAAUAAUAUAUUAAUACACAGCUGAAAAGGAAGCGGGAGUGCAAAAAAGGGGGGCAAUAAAAGUCAACAAAAAUACAUAGAAAAAUAAACCAGGCCACUAUACAACACAAGCACAUCCCCAACUCAGCCGUCACCGGCGCGGCUUGUAUUUACAUAACUCCUUUGCAAUAGCGCCGUAUUAGCGCCCCCUUCUCAGGAAAAUAAGACGAGCUGUAGAGCAAAAUGACCAAGAAGUACGAGUUCGAUUGGAUAAUUCCGGUGCCGCCGGAAUUAACUACUGGCUGUGUGUUCGAUCGCUGGUUUGAAAAUGAAAAGGAAACAAAGGAAAAUGACUUUGAAAAGGAUGCCUUAUUUAAAGUAGACGAAUAUGGAUUCUUUUUAUAUUGGAAAAGUGAUGGCAGGGAAGGAGAUGUCAUAGAAUUAUGUCAAGUCAGUGAUAUAAGAGCCGGCGGUGUACCCAAGGAUCCCAAAAUUCUCGAUAAAGUUACUAAGAAAUGCGGUGCAGAUCUAGCGGCAUUGGAUAAAAAGUCCCUAACGAUAUGCUCCAAUACAGACUAUAUUAAUAUAACAUAUCAUCAUGUAGUGUGUCCGGAUCCGGAGACGGCAAAGCGGUGGCAAGAAGGGUUACGGCACAUUAAUUACAAUAAUAAGGCCACUAAUGUCUGUCCAACGACUAAUUUAAUGAAACAUUGGAUGCGUUUAUCAUUCUCAGUGGAAAAGGGUGGGAAAAUUCCCAUAAAAGUAGUGGCGAAAACCUUUGCUUCCGGUAAAACAGAAAAAUUGGUAUAUCAAUGUAUCAAAGAUGUCGGGCUGCCCGACGACAAAAGUGCCACCAUGACCCCAGAUCAAUUUACAUUCGAUAAAUUUUAUGCCUUGUAUCACAAAGUGUGCCCGAGGAAUGACAUAGAAGAAUUAUUUACAACGAUAACAAAAGGUAAAUCGGAAGUUAUUACCAUGGAUCAAUUUAUUCAAUUCAUGAAUGAGAAGCAACGUGAUCCUCGCAUGAACGAAAUUUUAUAUCCACUCUAUGAGGAGAAACGGUGUACGGAGAUUAUUAAUGAUUAUGAAUUGAAUGAGGAACGCAAGAAAGCUGGUGAAAUCUCUAUGGACGGUUUUAAACGCUACUUGAUGUCUGAUGAAAAUUGUCCUGUGUUUUUGGAUCGUCUGGAAAUGUAUAUGGAUAUGGAACAACCCUUGAGCCAUUACUAUAUAAACAGCUCACAUAACACCUAUCUGUCAGGCAGACAAAUCGGUGGCAAAUCAUCGGUGGAAAUGUACAGGCAAACUUUACUGGCUGGUUGUCGUUGCGUGGAGUUGGAUUGUUGGAAUGGUAAAGGUGAAGAUGAAGAACCCAUUGUAACUCACGGUCAUGCCUACUGUACUGAAAUCUUGUAUAAGGAUUGUAUACAAGCUAUUGCCGAUUGUGCGUUUGUGGCCUCCAGUUAUCCUGUCAUAUUAUCCUUUGAAAACCAUUGCAAUCGUGCCCAGCAGUACAAAUUAGCCAAGUAUUGUGAUGACUUCUUCGGUGAAUUGCUGUUGAAAGAAGCCCUGCCCGAUCAUCCGUUGGAACCUGGUCUGCCACUCCCCCCACCAUGUAAAUUGCAAAGGAAAAUAUUAAUCAAGAACAAACGCAUGAAGCCGGAGGUGGAAAAAGUCGAAUUGGAAAUGUGGCUAAAGGGCGAACUGAAAACCGAUGAUGAUCCCGAAGAAGAUGCCACGGCAGCAAAACCGCCUGAGGCUGCCCCACCACCACCAGAUGCCCCUCCACCAGAAGGCGCCGAAGGGGCUCCGGCGGAUGGAGCUGCUCCCGAAGGCGGAGAGCAGGCUGCCGCUUACAGUGGCUCGACCACCAAUGUACAUCCUUGGCUCUCGUCAAUGGUCAAUUAUGCCCAGCCCAUCAAAUUCCAAGGCUUCGACAAAGCCAUUGAAAAAAAUAUUGCCCACAACAUGUCAUCGUUUGCCGAAUCGGCCGGCAUGAAUUACCUGAAGCAGAACGCCAUAGACUUCGUCAAUUACAACAAACGUCAAAUGUCUCGAAUUUAUCCCAAAGGCACCCGAGCUGAUUCUUCCAACUACAUGCCUCAGGUCUUCUGGAAUGCCGGCUGUCAGAUGGUGUCGCUGAAUUUCCAGACCUCCGAUUUGCCCAUGCAACUGAAUCAGGGCAAAUUCGAGUACAACGGUGGCUGUGGUUAUUUGCUGAAACCCGACUUUAUGCGUCGUGGUGAUAAGGAUUUCGAUCCCUUCGCCGAUGCUCCCGUGGACGGUGUGAUUGCUGCUCAGUGUUCGGUAAAAAUUAUCGCCGGUCAAUUCUUGUCCGACAAGAAAGUGGGCACAUAUGUCGAAGUCGAUAUGUUUGGUCUUCCCUCCGAUACAGUUAAAAAGGAAUUCCGUACCCGUCUAGUGCCCAACAAUGGUCUCAAUCCCGUGUACAAUGAAGAUCCCUUCGUAUUUCGUAAAGUUGUCUUGCCCGAUUUGGCUGUGCUACGUUUCGGCGUCUAUGAAGAGAGCGGGAAAAUGAUUGGUCAACGUAUUCUACCCCUCGAUGGUCUGCAGGCGGGCUAUCGUCAUGUAUCCCUACGUACUGAAGCCAACUUCCCCAUGUCAUUGCCCAUGUUGUUUGUCCAAGUCGAACUUAAGAUUUACGUACCCGAUGGCUUUGAGGAUUUCAUGGCUAUGUUAUCCGAUCCCAGAGGUUUUGCCGGUGCAGCCCAGAAACAAAAUGAACAAUUGAAAGGACUCGGUAUUGAGGAGCAAAGUAGUGGAGCUGCCAAAGAUGCAGGCAAAUCGAAGGAGGAGGAGAAAAAAGAAGCACCUUUGGUCUUUGAACCUGUGACAUUAGAGUCGUUACGCAACGAAAAGGGAUUCCAGAAACAGGCCAAAAAACAAAACAAAGAAUUGGAUACCCUGAAAAAGAAGCAUACCAAGGAACGCAUGGCCGUGCAGAAGACCCAAAAUGCCGCCAUUGAUAAGCUUAUCAAGGGCAAAAGCAAGGAUGAAAUACGCAAUGACUCGGCCAUCAAGAAUGCCAUUGCUGAACAAACCAAGCAAUGGACCGAAAUGAUUGCCAAACACAAAAAAGAGGAAUGGGAUCUAUUGCGCCAACAUGUCCAGGAUUCACAGGAGGCCAUGAAGGCACUGAUGUUGGUGGUACAAGCCAACCAAAUCAAGCAAUUGGAGGAAAGACAUGCCAGAGAUGUCAAAGACUUAAAUGCCAAACAAGCCAAGACUUCAGCCGAUACCGCCAAAGAGGUACAAAAUGAUAAAACCCUAAAGACUAAAAACGAAAAAGAUCGUCGUCUAAGAGAGAAAAGACAAAACAACAUCAAACGUUUUAUGGAAGAGAAAAAGCAAAUUGGUGUCAAACAGGGCCGUGCAAUGGAGAAACUAAAAAUGGCCCACAACAAACAAGUGGAAGAAUUUAGUACUGAUGUACAAAAGCUAUUGGAUAUGUACAAAGUGGAAGAAGAGGCGUAUAAACUACAUGGUAAAUCCGAAUUCUAUGCCUAGGAUUUGCUUCCCGAGGAUUCCAAUACAAAUCCGCCAAAACAAUAAUAUUUUUUUAAAAUGAAAAAAAGAACCAUUUUAUAAAAAGAAGAAAAAAGAAACAAAAAGAAGGGGGACUCAUACAAAAUAUUUUUCUAUAAUCGAAACUCAAGAAGCCAAAGAAAAUUAAA